AGUGAGGCGUUCAUAAUGUAUAUGGUUAUAUUUGAUUUGAGUGUUAUCACAGGCUUGUUUAUGUGUCAAGCCUCUGAAUCCUCAAACUUCCGACUGUCCCUGAACCCAACGCUCCUCCGCCAGGAGGACGCUCUCGUCACCACAACUUCCUCUCGGAGGUGACACUCACCGGCAACGGCAAGAGAACCAAACAGAAGAAAAACUGUACAGCCACACACACACACACACACACACGCACACACACUGUGUCAAAUACAUCCAGAGACACCCGGCCAUGAAGCUGUCAGUAAUCCGCCGUGCCUGUGGCAGUCUUCGGAUCCAUCCAGGAAGCAGAGUCAGCGGUCUGUCGCACAGAUGCCCACCGGUCGCCCCUGCCGGCCGCCGCUCGACCCUCCGGGCAGCUAGCGGCUCCACGGGCGGCGGCACCAGCCCGAAAGUAGCCGUCAACUUCGGGAAGAAGUCCUGGAGGGGAGAUGGGUUCGAAAGCAACAGUCCUCUGAAGGAAGUGGUUCAGAGCACCAAGGAGGCAAUGGUGGCUCUGCAGAGAAGUCAUCCCUCAAUCCAACCUUUGUUAGCCAUCAUACAGGCAGGUGAAGAUGACAGCUUGUUGGAGAUCAAUAAGAAAAUGGCAGGAAAGAUCGGUUUGAACGUCACUCAGAUUUGCCUGGCAGAAGAAUGUAGUGAAGAUGAAAUUGUAGAGGAGUUGUUGAAGCUUAAUGAGGACCCCAGGGUGCACGGUGUCUACCUCCACCUUCCCCAGGCUUCACUCACCAGUCGAGUACUUGACACACUCAAACCUGAAAAGGAUAUCGACGGGAUCACCGAUUUGAAUGUGGGCCGUUUGGCACGUGGAGACUUGAGCAAAGGCUUUUUGUCGCCCACAGCCAGUGCUGUCCUGGAUCUGCUGGUUAAACAUGAUGCUCCGCUGGAAGGAAAAAACGCCUUGUUGGUCGGAGGCGAAGGACCCGUAGCGUUGGCCCUGCAGUGCCUCAUAGAGAAAAGUGGAAUGGUUGCUGUCAAGAUUAACUGGAGCUCCACAAGUCUGCAGAGACAGGUGUUUUUUGUAUUAUUGAUGCAAGCUGAUGCUGUGGUCCUGUUAGGCACAGGGAAUAUGGAUGUCCCAUCCACCUGGUUUAGACCGGGGACUGCCAUCAUUCGCUGUGAGCCCAACAUGGAGACAGUUGAACAUGCCACUGAGAUCUCCUCAAAGUUUGAGCUCUGGUACCUCACGGCAGCGUACAGAACACAGAAUGUGGUGCACAGUUGCUGUCGGUGGAUCCAGGAGAAGCAGUACCGACCCUGGCUUCUGCGAAGCCUCAAACUGCAGCCCCUGACGCCAGUACCUAGUGAUAUAGAGAUUUCCAGAGCGCAGAUCCCCAAACCAGUGAACCAGUUGGCCGAGGAGGUGGGUUUGCUGCCAGAAGAGCUCGAAGCCUAUGGCAGGAACAAAGCAAAGGUCCGACUUUCCCUGUUAGAUCGCCUUCACACGCAGCCUGAUGGAAAAUAUGUACUGGUUGCUGGUAUCACCCCCACCCCACUUGGCGAAGGUAAAAGCACAGUGACCAUUGGCCUCGUCCAGGCCCUGUCUGCCCAUCUGAAGCUCAACUCCUUCGCCUGUCUCCGACAGCCUUCCCAGGGACCCACCUUCGGGGUCAAAGGGGGAGCUGCAGGAGGGGGAUAUGCCCAGGUCAUUCCUAUGGAGGAGUUUAACCUCCAUCUGACUGGCGACAUUCAUGCCAUCACAGCAGCCAACAACCUGGUGGCAGCAGCCAUCGAUGCCAGGAUGCUCCACGAGGCGACGCAAUCGGACAAGGCUCUGUUUAAUAGACUGGUCCCUUCUGUGAACGGAGUUCGAAGAUUUUCACCCAUUCAGAUCUCCAGGCUACGUCGUCUUGGCUUCAAUAAAACAGACCCAGCAUCUCUCACGCCACAGGAAGUUAGCACCUUUGUCCGUCUUGACCUUGACCCUUCCACGAUCACCUGGCAGAGAGUCGUUGAUACAAACGACCGCUUCUUGAGGAAAAUCACCGUCGGACAGGCGAGCACGGAAAAAGGACAGAUCAGAGAGACUGGGUUCGACAUUGCAGUGGCCAGUGAGAUCAUGGCCAUCCUGGCUCUGGCAGACAGCCUGGAGGACAUGAGAAACAGACUGGCACGCAUGGUGGUGGGGACCAGUCGCGCUGGACAGCCUGUCACCACAGAGGACCUGGGUGUGAGCGGAGCGCUGACGGUGUUAAUGAAGGACGCCAUCAAACCCACAUUGAUGCAGACCCUUGAGGGUACGCCAGUGUUUGUCCAUGCUGGGCCCUUCGCCAACAUCGCCCAUGGCAACUCCUCAGUGCUGGCAGACAAGCUGGCUUUGAAGUUGGUUGGACGGGACGGCUUUGUGGUGACUGAAGCUGGUUUUGGCGCGGACAUCGGGAUGGAGAAAUUCUUCAACAUCAAAUGCCGAGCGUCAGGUUUGAGGCCCAAUGUGGUGGUGCUGGUUGCAACGGUCCGAGCACUGAAGAUGCACGGAGGAGGUCCAAAUGUGUCAGCAGGGGCGCCUCUUCCUAAAGAGUACAUUGAUGAGAAUCUGAGUCUGGUUGCAGGUGGUUGCCAUAGCAAUCUCAGAAAGCAGAUCCAGAUUGCACAUCUGUUUGGGGUACCAGUUGUGGUGGCGCUCAAUGUCUUCAAGACAGACACCCAGGCAGAGAUCGAGCAUGUGUGUCAGAUUGCGAAAGAGUGCGGGGCAUCUGACGCUGUGCCGUGUCACCACUGGGCGCAGGGUGGGCGGGGGUCUUUGGAGCUGGCCCAGGCUGUGAACGAAGCUGCCAACAGACCCGGCAACUUCCAGUUCUUGUACGACAUAGAGAUGCCGAUAGCAGAGAAGAUCAGAACGAUUGCCCAGAAAGUGUACGGAGCGGACGACAUUGAGCUGUCUCCAACUGCCAAAGACAAGAUAGAUUACUACAAUCAACAGGGCUACGGCUUAUUGCCCAUCUGCAUGGCCAAGACCCACCUGUCCCUGUCCCACAUGCCCGACAAGAAGGGGGCUCCCACAGGGUUCGUUCUGCCAAUCAGAGAUGUCCGUGCAAGCAUCGGAGCUGGCUUCAUCUACCCGCUCGUUGGAACGAUGAGCACCAUGCCUGGCCUGCCGACCCGACCCUGUUUCUACGACAUUGACCUCGACCCGGUCACAGAGGAGAUCACCGGGCUCUUCUGAGCGUUACAGUUAUCUGGCAUAUUAGGUAUCUGAAGGAGCUGGCGUGGUUUCAUCAUGAAUAUUUUACAAGUAGUUAUUGUCUAUAUUACCCGCUACAUGAGACUUAAUUACCUGCCUGGAGUUUACAGCAGUUUACAACAUGCACUCGGUGCCGAGCCUCCGGUCGGUGAGGCUACACACUCCCACUCAUGCGCACAGUUCAUCAUCGUGUUUUUGUUACAGCCUCUCUCUGCUCCGCUCCAUGUGUUGCGUCAUAAAACGCAUCCAUCCAUUACACGUUUGACAGGAAAUUUUUUCUUACUCUUCCCAGCAGCCCAAACGUUCUCCCACAUCGCAGUAACAAAGUGAGAAAAGGAAAAACACGGAUUUCAAAUUCAUGCUUUACUUGCACAUUUGUGUGAUAUGCCAAAGAUGACAAGCUUGUGACGUUUUGAUUUCUGUGUAUUGGUUAAGUUGGUGUAGGGUUUCAAACCAUUCUGAAUUUUACCUAAAUAUUUUUUAUGUAGUCUUCUUUUACAAUGUCGCUGCAGAUUUUCAUAUGCAUCCUGAACUUUAGUGUAUUUAUUAACUAAAUUGCUGAUGUCGCACAAAAAGCCUUUUUAUGGCUUUUACAAUCCUUUCCUAACAUCUAGCUAUGGCUGCUCUAGUGUCCUAAACUCUUUGCCUUUGUUUGGAUCCCCCGUUUGCAAAAUCUAAAUGUCAACGCUGCUAUACAAAGUGUAACUGACUACACUUAGUCUUAAGUUGCACUGGUUAUAUUGAGCUGUUUUUGAGAUAUUGUUCAAGAAUUAUAGUUUAUGUGAUUGAAUGGGUGAAAAUCCAGCCUGAAAAUGCCUGUUACAUGUGUCACACGACUACAUUUCAGUGUAAAUCCCAGGAAAUUGUUCCGUAGAGCUGGUAAGUCCCUCACAAUCCACACGAUAAACACACUCCACAAUAUAUGCGAUUUGCUAUGCAAGAUAGCACCUUUUCCACUUUUCAAUAUAAGUCCAAUGCUUUCUAUCAUGAAGAUGUAAUACUAUUUUAUGAUGUUUGUAGAAGGUACCUUCAUUUUAAGCGAGGCUAGCAGACUGUUGGAAGCACACGCCUCUCUGCACUUGCAGCGCAGCGGUGGUGGAUUUUCAUCCCCAUCGCUGAAAGCUGGUCACAACAACAACUGGUGUCCAUUGUCUGAUACCAAAUUUGUCAACAUCCAGCGUCAUUGGGUGAUUUUAAAAAUGGAAAUGACAGAUGACAUGCCAGAUGUGACGGUCGGAAGGUUUGUCAGUGUACAGUUGAAAUCAAACGUUGGAUCUGAGUUUUUUCUCUGCAAACAUAUUUUAGUAUUGUUGUAUGUUAAACAUUUUGGUUCUCAUAGAUCAGACAUGCUUUGCAAAUAAACUUUUUAUUUACUCCAAA